AAAGUGUAAUGUAAGAUAACUCAUGAUUAUUUAUUUCACUACGUCUUCCUCGCCCCUUCCACACAGACCGCACCGCGCCGGCGAUGAGCUCCCCCUCCGACUCCGGCCACAUCCCAGCACCACCGCAUCACCCUCUUCCCCCCUUCGCACCACCACCAGGCCCAGGCCCAGGCCCAAGCCCAGCCACUCACGCCGCCUCCCCGCCAAAACCUAAAUCCCCAAUCCCCACCACCGCGCCGCCGCCGCCACCGGAACCAAAUGCCUUCUCCCGCAGCUCCCCCGCCGACACCACCAGCGCCAUGGCGGCCGCCUCCUCCCGCAGCUCCCCUGCGGCCCGCCCGGAGGACCACCAAAGCCCGCCCUCCAUUGCGGAGGACUGCACGCCGCGGAUGGACAUGGAGUUCGAGACGGAGCUGCAGGGGUACGACCUCUACCGCCUCUACGCCUCCAAGCUCGGCUUCAACGUCCGCCGCCGCUACACCAACCGCAGCAAGACCUCCGGCGAGGUCACCUCCUGCAAGUUCGCCUGCUCCCGCGAGGGCUUCAAGGACCACAAGCCCACCGGCGCAACCGCCAGGCUCCCCCGCGCUGCCGCCGCCGCAGUCCCGGCGCCGGACGGCAGGACCGGCUGCAACGCGCACCUCACCCUCCGCCGCAGCAAGCCCGGUGGCAGCUUCCAGGUCUCCGGCUUCCAGCCCCGCCACAACCACCCGCUCUUCGCCGCUCACCGUAGCCCGCACAGCCCCUUCCACUCGCCCUCCAAUGCCGCCGCUGUUCCGAUACCGGAUUUCGUUGACGGUGACGCCACAGCCGGGGCGGCAUGGGCCGAGGGAGAAGGCCCACUGCGCACCAGGCGGCAGUGGGAGAUCAAGUACGGGGAGGCCGCCGCCCUGCUGAACCACCUUCAGCAGCAGUCGCUGGCCGACCCGGCGUUCCACCACGCCGUGCAGCUCGAUGUUGAGGACAAGGUGGCCAAUGUCUUUUGGGUCGACGCCAAGAUGGUUGCCGAUUACGGCCACUUCGGCGAUGCCGUCGCCUUUGACGUCGUGUCUAGAAACAGCAUCAGCCUACGCCACCUUGCCUCGUUCGUCGGCUGCAACAGCUUUGGCGAGCCCGUCGUCUUCGGGCUGGCACUCAUGUACGACGAGACCUGCGAGUCCUUCCGGUGGCUGUUCCAGACGUUCCUGCGUGUCAUGUCUGGGCGAGCACCCAAGACUUUCGUUUCGCAUCAGGACACGGUGAUAGCAGAGGCCCUGUCCUUGGCGAUGCCUGCCACGACAACGACUCAUGCCAUAUGCACAUGGCACAUAAGGCAUACUGCAAAGGCGAACAUACGCCAGCUUUCUAAAGGUGAUGCCAAUUUCAUCGAGGAGUUCAAGGCGUGCGUCGACGGGGAGUACGACGUGGGGGCGGAGUUUCUCGCUGCCUGGGACUCUAUGAUCAGCAAGCACGAGCUCCGUGACAAUGCGUGGUUGCAGAAGCUGUUUGAGGAGAAACAGAAGUGGGCUAGGCCCUACGCCAAAGGGAUCUUCUCGGCCGGGAUGGAAGGCACACGGUUGAACGAGCGUCUGAACUCUGAGGUGCGCGGUCAUCUGAGAGCAGAGGUGGACAUUGUUCUGUUCUUGAGGCAUCUUCAGAAAGUGAUUGUUGACAGGCGGCACAGAGAGUUGGAGAUGGAGUACGGUUCAAGGCAGAUGAUGCCCUACCUCAAAAUCAGAGCUCCUGUUCUGACACAGGCUUCCGAGGUCUAUACCAGCGUAAUCUUUCAGCUUUUCCAGGAAGAAUAUGAGGAGUUCCAGUCAGCUUACAUCGCGAGCCGUGAUGAAAGCGGCCCGUGUCGUGAGUAUGUCGUCUCGCUUGUCGAAAAGGAGGACCGACGAUAUAUGGUAUAUGGGAACCCUACGGAGCAGACUGUCUCAUGCUCGUGUGGGAAGUUUGAGACGGUUGGCUUCCUGUGCAGCCAUGCCCUGAAAAUACUAGAUGUUAUGGAUAUAAAGUAUAUUCCAGAGAGAUACAUCAUGAAGCGCUGGACCAAAUAUGCAAGGCGUUUGACCUCACCACCGGAGGUUCUGGGUCUGGGGCAAGCGGUUCAAGCAGAGGAAUCAUCAGAGAUUUCUAGUCGCUACCAGCACUUGUGCCCGAAGUAUGUUAGGCUCGUUGCCCGGGCAUCAGAGUGUGAGGAGUCAAGCAGAGUACUAGACCAGUUUUGGGGAGAACUCGGCGAGAAGGUUGAACAGAUCCUGAAGAAACAAACCAGCACUAGCGCACCUGUGACACAGCCUGAUGUUCAGAAUCUUAAGAUGGCCUUGUCUUCUAUCACGAGUGGCACUGAAUCAGAAAAUGUUCCGGACAUAUCAAGCAGGGCAGCAGCAAAAACAGUAAAGAAGAAAGGCCAGAAAAGUAAAAACCAUCCAAGAAAUUGCAUUGAAAAGGGUCCGACGAAGAAGCAGAGAGUGCACUCAGAAGAACCUGCAGUAGUGCAAUAUGGUUUCACAGAUGCUCCUCCUGCCCACUCUGGAAAUUCUAUGUAUCAGGGCUUGGAGGCUCCUCCUCCUAACAUGUCCGAAAUGGGUAGCCAAAUUCCAGCCUAUAAAGCUUACAUGGGGACUGACUUUUCAAAAUCUAUGGGGACAAUCAACUAUGAAGGGAUGCGCCCUGGCUCAAGUCUGGGGUUCAUUCUGUUGGCUUCUGAGGAACUAGGCUUUGUCCCCUGUGCCUGUCACACUUCUCAGGCGUCAAAUGACAGCCAGCACAGCCAGGUAAGAUGUGGUACAAUACAUAAAGGCUCCGUAGAAACCAUUGUCUAGUCGAAGGCUCUCUUUCUCUCUUUGGAGGACAAUGAAUGGGAAUGAGAAGCCGUAUAUGGCAAGGAAAAGCUGUUGUAUAUGGAACACAAUCAAUGGGAUUGAAGGCUCUUUGCUGGAUGUUUCUAAAACUGAUCACAGGAAAGCGUGAUCGCUUGGACAUGAGAAGCAAUCCUUGAUGCCGAGGAUCUUGUAGAGGAUUUCAGCCGGAUGCGAUGGUGGAUAAAGUUUUCUGAAUGGAAGAGCAAAGUGAAUUCCAACUCCUUUGAAGCAAAAUGGGUCAAGUUGGACGAGGAUCGGUAACCUACUUACAUAUGGAUGGUAUGCUCUCUGGUGUAUGUAGUGGUGGUAGUAGUAGUAUGCAUGAUAGAACAGUAGAAAUCACAAUUCAAACUGAAUAAGCUUUAUUCCAUCUUAUCAAUACAGUAUACGUAUAACAGUAUGGUGGCAACAAUCUUUAACAUGCAUGUCAGGAUGGCUGAUCUACACAAGCGUAGUCACCAACCAUGUUUAUUA